UAUCUUCCAUAACCAAAAAGGUCUUGUAGUGUAAGCAGAGUAUUAAAACCAUAUUUUACCACAGCCCAAGUUAGUCUGUAUUUUUCUCCCUGUUGAGUCCCCACAGCACUUUUUGCUGCAGUUGCCAAAUAGCUGUGGUUGGAGAGUUAAAAAAGCAUUCAAGCUAUUUCCUCUUGACUCCUGAAUGUUCAUAUGGGAGAACAACAAGUCGAGCUACACUCUAUGUGUAAGACACAAAGAUAAAGUAAGUUUCAGUUAAGCACAGAUGUAUAAUCCUUAGAAUUUACUGGAUGGUUUAACUUUUAAGGAGUGGGGAAUUGUUCUUUACAAUUACAUAGAGACAUCUAAACAGUUUAAUGUUUAUCUUCAGCAGCCAGGUACUAAAGGUGUGCACUGACCCACUGUCUGCCGCUGAAAUUACAAGAAUCGAGCUGCGUUGAAGACCAUAUACUGGUAGAUUUAAUCUUUUCUGAUCCAGUUCGCUGAAUCGGAAGACCAGGAGUCGAUCCAGGGGUCGGAAAUGCAAUGAAAGAAACGAAAGCUCGUGUUUUGUGUGCAGGUCCAAAAAUGGUUGUCAUGUUCAUGGUAUUUGUGGUAACCAUUUUCCCACCCCCACAGAAGUAUUUGUCACCCUAGGAUCCCAUUUCAACCGGCAACAGCAGCAGCAGCACAGCCAUGCUACCUCUUGCCGGCACUUCCAGUUAGGUCCUCAGGCCCCGCUGCCCAUGGAUUUCCCCAUGCCCCACCCAGGGCAGCCACAGUCAGGCAUUAACCCCCACAUGGCCCCUCCGGGCCACCAGCAUGGCCCUCCACUCCACCCGCCCCUCAACCCCCUGCCCGGUCCCCAGUUCCAGGACAUCCCUGCCCCCCCAUUCCUACCUCAGGCAUUACACCAGCAAUACCUCCUCCAGCAGCAGAUCCUCGAGGCCCAGCACCGACACAUCCUGCCGCCCUCCAGUCGACGUAAUCCAGACAGAGGUCCUCACCAGGCCCACAGACUGCGGCCGGGCUAUGAGUUUGCCCCCCCUCUUCACGUCCCCCCUCAGCCCCUGGUGCAGCAGCCCCGCUACCUGGCUGAGGGCACAGACUGGGAUCUAAGUGUAGAUGCUGGGUUGCCCCCUCACCAGUAUCACAUCCAUCCACUUCCGCAGCACUAUCAGCACUACUUGACCUCUCCUAGGAUGCACCACUUCCCUAGAAACAAUGCCUCAACACAAGUGGUUGUCCAUGAGAUCAGAAACUACCCAUAUCCCCAGCUGCACUUGCUGGCUCUGCAGAGUCUCAAUCCCUCCCGACAUGCGUCUGCUGUUAGAGAGAGCUAUGAGGAGCUUCUGCAGCUGGAGGACAGGCUGGGCAGUGUAAACCGUGGAGCCGUCCAAACCACCAUAGAGAGAUUCACUUUCCCUCAUAAGUACAAAAAGAGAAUACCCCAGGACCUGAAGAUGUGUCUGGAGGAUGAGGAGCUGGACACCGAUGAGAAGUGCACCAUCUGUCUGUCAAUGCUGGAAGAUGGAGAGGAUGUCAGGAGAUUACCCUGCAUGCACCUCUUCCAUCAGGCAUGUGUGGACCAGUGGCUGGCCACCAGCAGGAAGUGCCCCAUCUGCAGAGUGGACAUUGAGACCCAGCUGGCCCCCGACAGUUGAUAGCUCCUGUCGACUCCUGCAGCUUUGGAUCUGGUCUUGUUAAUUCUUCAUUGCCUCCCUUUGGGGGAAGCUCUGCCAAACACCCCUCUCUUCCCCUCUGCAUCACGCAACGAGCCUGCCUUCUAAGACAGCUGUGACAGAGGGAUCAACAAAGCACACUCACCUACAACACAACAAGGGAUGGGGUUUGAUACAUAGGUAGGAGGCUGGACUGAAGGUUGGUUUGAAUGGACUUGCUGGAUGUAAAAGGUAGGAGCUGACACCUAUGGACAGAUGUGCUGAGGCUUCACACACAGAUUCUGUCAGAUUGUGUACAUCGUGUACUUUCUCCAUACAGCCAUCAAGAGAGGACACUAACCACCAACCUCCCCAGCUCAGUGUGGCGUAUUAAGGCCAUUUCUUUGCCACAACAUCUAAACCCCCCCCCCAGGCCUGUGAAAAAAAAAAUCCUUUAAGCUGCACUCUGCCCAAGCCCUCAGCACAUCUGUACAGAACAUUAUCAAAUGAUUAGCAUGAGGUUGUUUGGUGUGAACUCUUGUAGCUGAACGCUUGUGGUGUAAUGGAGUAUAGUACUGAAUAAGUAUUUACAGAGUAAUAGUGUUGUGUAGCAAGCAAAAGCCUUUUGAGAAAUACGUUUGUGAAAAAUAAACCCACAGAGAGGUCGAGUAUGGCUCAAAUAGGAGAGAAUAUUCGGCGUGUUAAUUAAUCAUAGACAAUGAGGAAAGAGCUAGUCGUGUGAAAAGGCCAAAAAUCCCUCUUUCUUGUCUAACAUGGUUUUGGAUUUACAGUUAGUAGAUGCCAUCAGAGUUGAUGCUAAACCCGCUAACUGCAGGCAUGGCUUCCAGUGAUCUGUGUAGUGUUGUAGUCGGGCCUCUAUUAUCUAGAGCAGAGGCCUCAGAUGUGCAUGCUGUAUGGCAGGCUUGGGCUGUGUCGUUAAUAUUGUGGAGCAGUAGAAACAGGGACUGUGUCUGUGCAUGUGAACCGUAUACUAUGACUCUGACGAUCCCACUCAUUCAUAGAGGAGGACAGGAAUGCACCUAAUACCCCGUCCCCACCUCACUACACCCCCUCCUUCCUCCACUCAUCCCAAGUAGACCAAAGUUGCCCUUAGGCACCGAUCUCCGACCAAUGUAGCAUUUCUCUCCUGAUAUUCAAGGUUAGGAUUCAAAGAGCUGCUAGUAGAUCUGUGUCUAACUGCAACUCCUCUCUGUUGCCUCACUCAUGGCAUGACCAUAUGACAUGAGAGGCAGGCAUGGGCUUGAGGAUGCAGUGCCUGAGGUCUUGCCAUAAGAGUGAAUAAAAUCUGACAUUUGUAUUACCUAUUACCAGAACCUUAUUGCCUAUCAAACAAGCACAUGUGAUUUCUAUAUACAGUGAAUUGGCUCCAUUUCAAUCUAAGUUGCUCCCACUGUGUCUGGUGUUACAGGGAAAAUACAAACCUGCCUGUGAUAUGUGCUAGAAUGUGUAUGAUUGUCCCCAUACCCCCUCCCCCAUGGUAGUGAUGUAUGGUAUUGCUAGAACAACUGUGAUGCGUUCAGUGAUAGAAGCCGCUUUCUCUACAUCAUGCAUGAACCAUGGUGGCGUAGUUCACUUGAAGGAGGGUGAAAGGGAGAAAAAGCCAUCCAUUUGAAAAUACCAAACAAUUCUUAACAUUAUUUUGUUUUCAAUUGUCUUUUUCUGCCAUUUCCUUUUUCUUCUUACUUGUAUUUUUAUUUAUUUUUUUGCUCACAUGCCAAUUUGGACAUGGUACUAAUAUGCCGAGUCCUUGUCCAUUUUAACCAUAGUGAAGAAAAAGCUGCAAUGCUGCAAAAACAUAUUUAUUGUUGUUCUAAUGUAGCUUGUGUUUUGUAAAUGCACUAUAAUAUGGAGUUGCCUGAUUUUUUUGGUUUGGUGGUGUGGGUUCCUCUUGUCCUAGAUUUUGUGUUUCUAUUAAGUUACAAGUAUUUUCAUGCUUCCUUGUGUAUUAUUGGAGGGUAACUUGACUGUUUUGUGUUGCGUUUUUUUUUCUUUUUGUAUGAAACCUCCAUCCAAAAAACUACAGAUGGAUGAAAUUGGAGGUUUUGCUAUAGUUCACAUAGAAUGCUGUGAUUAAAGAUGCCUUAAGUAUUUAACAAUCAUUAUUUAUUACUAACUGUAGCUAGCUAGCUAUUGUGGUGGAAUAUUUAAUGUCUCUAUCUCCUAACUUUGCAAUUUAAUCAAUAUAUUUAUUUAAAAUAACACAAAAUAUAAAAAAAAAGAAUACCUCAUUAUGCAUUGGUUGGUGGGGAUGCUUUUGCAUGCCGUCUGUUUUCUUUUUCAGAGGAG